GCGGAGCCCGGAAGGCAAGGAUCAAGCGAAGGCCGUCUUCGUUCUGUGUUUCGUUAGGGCACAUCGACAAUCGUUUCUCUCUCCUCUCGUCUCUCUCUCUCUCAUCUCUCUCUGUUCUCCGUUGCCCAUCAGUAGCCGUCUUCUUCACGGCAUUCACGGUUAGAGAGAGAGAGAGAGAGAGAGAGAGAGAUGAACGGGCCUCUCCUCUUCGACCAUGGAGGGAACCUGCUUGUGCGGAGUGCCGUUGGCGAUUUCUCACAAUGCGUCCAAGGAUACGAGGUCGAAGUCAGAGGGACAUCCAAUGUUGUCACUCGAUGUUCAUCUCUUUGUCAGCAGUCGAGGAAGGAUUAGAUGACUAAUCGCCACCGGAAGACUAUAAGUUUAGUGGAAGAAGGAGAGGGUUGAUCCACAUGAAUAAUCAGAACCAGAGAUGUCCUGGCAGGUCUUCCGCACACCUUCCUUCUCGUGUUUAUUCAAUAUAUUGAGAUACCCAUCUGGAUUUUCUCGCGCCCGGAUGAGUUUUGUGAUUGGUUUUCAACCAUCGUUGAAACCAUUCUCCUCUGAAUUUGGUUGCCGGUCUGAUCCUGCAACGUCUUGUUUUAGUGAUGCUGCUGGGUCUGGUAGUUCAGGACGAACGAAUCAGUGGGAGUUUGUGGAUUUGGUCAAUAGAGUUUGUGAAGUCCUCCGUGAAUUUUCUUGGAGAGAUAACCCCGACCUGAAGAAAAUCGCCUUUAGAUUGACUCCCAAUCAUGUCGCCAAAGUUAUAGAGAUUCACAAGGACGCAAAGUCAGCGCUUCAAUUCUUCUAUUGGAUGGGCCAACGACCUGAGUACCAUCACAACUUAGAUUGCCUCUUUGCGUUAUUGAGGUUGUUGGUCAGGGAAAGAUUAUCUAGACGGGCGGGUCAUACGCUGAUUUUGAUGAUCAAGGCUUGUGCAAGUGAAGGUGAUAUUUUGAGGGUUAUUGGUUUCCUGAAUGAGAUUGAAUCGACGGGCUUUGGAGUCACCAUUGAAGCAUAUAAUACGCUUUUGAUUCAAGUGGGGAGGUUCGGAUCUAUUUCUAUCGCGAAGAAUUUAUAUUCUCAGCUCUUGACUCGUGGCCUGAGGCCGACAUUACUGACAUUCAAUAGCAUGAUCAACAUUCUUUGCAAGAAGGGGAAGGUGAAAGAAGCAAUGGUCUUCUAUGAGCAGAUUCUUGCAACUGAUUAUCGGCCCGACACCUUCACUUACACUUCCUUGAUUCUGGGGCAUUGCAGGAAUAACAAUCUCGAAGCAGCUUUCAGAUUGUUGAGACGUAUGGUUGAGGAAGGAAAUGAGCCUAACUCCGUGACUUACUCGACUCUUAUUAAUGGUUUAUGCAAUGCAGGAAGGGUGGAUGAAGGGUUGAAUCUUCUUAAAAGUAUGAUAGAGAAAGGAUGUGAACCAACUGUUUAUACGUACACGGUUCCAGUUACUUGCCUUUGUGCUUCUGGUCGAGUUAGUGAUGCAAUUUUUCUAGUUGAUGAUAUGAAGAAGCGAGGAUGCAGACCAAAUGUGCAGACUUACACGGCACUUAUUAGUGGCUUGUGCACUGGUAAUCAGCUGAAAGUGGCUUGUGGUUUAUAUCAUGAGAUGCUCCAAGAAGGCAUUAUUCCUAAUACUGCAACGUAUAAUGCUUUAAUAGAUGGGAUUUGCACGGAAGGAAGAAUUGAACAGGCUUUGGAUCUUGUGAAGAGAAUGGAGAAGCACGGUUACAUGCCAAAUACUCAAACAUAUAAUGAAAUAAUCAAGGGAUUUUGUAUAGCUUAUAAGUUGGAAACGGCAAUGGCUGUUUUCAAUAGAAUGCUGAAGGUAGGGCCUUCUCCAACACCAGUAACAUACAACACGCUGAUCAAUGGAUACUGUGGAAGAGGUGAGCUCAAUAAUGCUGUUAGACUAUUUGAAUUGAUGAAGGAGUGUGGAUGUUCUCCUGAUGAAUGGACCUAUACUGAACUAAUUGGUGGGUUCUGCAAACGGGGCCAAGUGGAACAGGCUUUUGAUUUGUUUACUGAAAUGUGCGAGAGUGGUUUGAACCCAAACGAAAUCACUUUUACUGCACUCAUUGAUGGUCACUGUAAGAAUGGAAAAUUAGAUGUAGGGCUUUCUUUAAUGGAGAAGAUGCAUGAGAAUGGUUGUGAACCAAAUGUACAUACAUAUAGUGUCAUCAUUAGUGGACUUUGCAAUGAAAAAAGGGUACCUGAAGCAAUGAAACGGUAUGGUGAGAUGAUUGAUCUUGGAUUGCUCCCAAAUGUAGUUACUUAUUCUACACUUGUUUAUGGUCUUUGCAAGGAAGGAAAUACUUAUGGUGCUUUUAAGCUUGUAGAUGAAAUGAUCAAACAGAAUUGCCGACCAAAUUUGCACACUUAUGCUGCCCUUGUCUAUGGUCUAUGCCAAGAAGGAAAAGCUGAGGAGGCAGAGGUGUUGAUUGAUAAAAUAAUAGAAGAAGGAUGGCAUCCGGAUCAUGUAAUUUUUACCUCACUAAUUGGUGGUUAUGUUUUGUUGGGUAGAUUAGAUCAUGCAUUUAAAGUUUUGCUAAAGAUGGUUCAUGCGGGUUGUGAGCCUAGUUAUCGAACUUAUGUUGCAUUAGCAAAGGGGAUACAAAAUGAGAACAAAUUGCAAGAUGAGAAAUGGUUGGUUCCAUUUGAGGAAUUUGAUAGCUCUGAUAUUCGGGACAGUGGGCUGAAUAUUGACUUGUUCUCUCGUCUUUUGACCAUGUUAUUGGAAAUGGGAUAUAAGCCUACUGUUGGAUCGUAUAGUGUCCUGGUAGGUGGGCUGUGUAGAGAAGACAAGGUAUGUGAAGCCGAUCAAUUAGUUUGCCACUUGAAGAGCAACGGGUUAAGGCCUAACGGGUCAAUAUACACCUCGCUGCUGGCUUCAUACUGUAAACAAUUGAAUGUUGACCGUGCACUAGAAAUUUUCAGUCUGAUGGUUGGGGAAGGUUUUGAGCUGGCAUUGAGUACAUUUAAGAGUUUGAUAUGUGCUCUUACCGAAGUAAGUAGGAUCGAAGAGGCUCAGAGUGUAUUUCAGCAUAUCCUCAAGCAGCAGUGGAGUCCAGAUGAUGUGGCCUGGACAAUACUGCUUGAUGGUGUACUGAAGGCUGGAAAGCCAGAAAUAUGUAUGCAAUUUCUUCAUAUCAUGGAGACCAAUGGUAAUGCUCCCAGUUUCCAGACAUACAUAAUUUUGGCUCGAGAGUUGUCCAAGGAUGUGAAGGCCACUGAAACCAAUACUGUUGCACAUAAUUUAAGGGUGAAGGAUAUAGAUGGUUGAAGUUUGCAAUCUUCCGCCUGCACUAGCUUCUUGGAGAACAUUGCUUUACAAGCUUACUCAUUCUAGUAGGCAUGUCUGGGAGGACACAUACGCCACAUUCACAUUGAAAAUGUGAUGCCAUCACCUAUAAGUGCUUAAUCUCAUUACUACAUGGAACAUCUGCCAGACCGUCCAACCAUCAUUGUUGACAUGAUGGAAUGUGUAUAAAGUAUAAACAUAAAGGUUUCUUGGAGAGGUGAUCAGUCUAGCGGUGCAAUCAGGGGAAACUAAUAAUUUCUUUGGUCAGAACAAGUCAAACUGGACCUUAUUUUGUCAGCAUUACCUCUGUAACUGCAAUAUUCCAUCAAUCCUUCAUCCUGUUCUGAUCUGUCUCUGCCACCUCAACUCACCAACUUCAGGAACCUCAGAUUCAGUGGUUCAUAUUAAUCAUCUUGGAGCCCAAUGCUGGAAUAGACCUUUCUAUCUCUGGUGGAGACAUUGAAAUCUGGUUGCAGUGACUGAAAUUUGGCUUACUUGGAUGAAGUUUAUCAUGAUUCCGAAUGGUAGACCCCUGGGAAGCAUGCGGUGCCAAGGUAUGCAAAAUAUAGAAGCAAAAGCAAAACAUAAUUUAGUUAGAGGCCUGUAGCAGAAGCAUAAUGAUCAUAGCAAGGCAACUCGACUCCACAACGAGGGAACAGAGAGCAAUAAUUGUUGGAUAGGAUUAAAUGUAUCUUAAGGGUCUGAGUAUUGACGUUUCCCUCCUUCCGUUGCUAUCAUAGUUGAAAUAAUAUACAGUUCACAAAGGAAUAAUUUGGAAAGUGGACAUAUACUUGGAACUCUGGUUAUUUAUGGGAAAUACUGGUUGAGUAUUUGAUUUACUUAUUCAUUGUGUCAUAUGCUGUUCAAUUACACAGCAUUAUGAUUAGAAAUGUUCAUAAAUGUAAUCAUUCUGUGACCUUGUAAGUUGAUAACUUGCGGCUAAAUUAUUGGCACUCAUUUUGAAUUGUAUGUAUC